AAUUCAUAGUAAGCUUUUAAAUUUGGUAUAAAUAAUGUUUGGUAAAUGGGCAAAGCAAUUUAAAGCGCUGGGCAGCUGGAAAUGGAAAACAAUUGCGCUAAUCAAUAUGCUAACGCUGCUGCUGAUAACUAAGCAAAGCUUAACGCUUAACUGUGCUGAAAAUGCAACAGCUAAGCAGACGGCUAAGAAAAAUAAGCGUAUGAGCUACUGGCAACGCUUGUGGCUGCCACAGCGACGCGACAAAGAGCAGAAAACUGCGUGCGGUCAUUAUAAUGAGCAGGGCGUGCGUUUUUUGCGACAUCGGCAAACCUUUCGCGAUAUUACAAUAACACGCUAUGAGAAUCGUCUGCGUAAAUAUUCAACGCCCAUUAAAAUCUUUCGCUACUUUGCUACAAUCAAAGUUAAAUAUGAAAAUGGACGCAGCGCUAUACACAUGACGCCAAUUGACUUUGUGCGCGCACUGACCGCAGGACUGCGUCAGCCACAGCAGCUGGGCUUGGAGCAGUAUCGACAGCUGGAGGUGCAGCGAGUGGAGCAGCUGCGCUACAAGUACGCGCCGGCGGGCAGCAUUUUCCACAAGUUCAAUGCCAGCUGCUUGUUAACUUAUGGCGACUAUUUGCUGCUAUCGCUGCUGCUGUCCAUGUCGGAGCGGCAGCUGCGACUGGCGUUUCAGCUGUUUGUAACCGAGGGACAAAGCGAGCUGACCAUGGAGAACAUGACGCAGCUGCUGAGCUGCUUUGACGUUCAAGCCAAGCCGCAUACGCAGCAUGCGCAGCAAACGCAGCUGCGUCAAAUGCAUCACAUGUUUGUUUGUCGUUAUCUAUUUGGGCCUCGCUUUGAUCAGAAGCUGAGUUUGGAGCAGCUGCUGGCGUUUCGGCGUCAGCUGUUGCAUGAUGUAGUGCAGCUGGAGUUUCAGAUCAUUACAGAUGAAUGCCGAGCAGGCAAUCAAGCUGAGGCUGUCAUAAGCGAGUUGGCAUUUGCCAACAUGUUGCUUGCCUAUGCCAACUUAACCAGAAAGCAGUAUCAAGCUGUCUACGAGCGCAUUGGUCAGCGCUAUGCGCGUGCUCAACGCGGCGUCAGUCUACAGGAAUAUUUGCAGUUCAUUCAGUUUGUGCAGGAGUGGACUGUGGUCAAUACUGCGCUCAGCUUUCAUUUUGUAAGUGGCGCGCCGCUAACGCGUGCAGCUUUAGCGCAUGUAUCCAAAGUUGUUGUUGGUGCGCCACUCUCAGAACAUGUGAUUGACAUUAUCUUUACUGUCUUCGACUUGAAUCGCAAUGACAAACUGGAGCGUAAUGAGUUCAUCAAUUGCCUGCGUAGUCGCCAAUUGCGUGGCCAUAGUCAAACCAUCAGUUUGUUUACUUUUAUGCACAUAGCUUGGGAUUGUGCCAAGAGCAGGCUGUGCGUCUAAUGAGCGCUGCUCUCAGCUGCUGUGCGUGUGUGCGUAAUUUUUAUUGGAUGUGAGUGCUGCCACAAAACUUUGCCGCAGCGCACACAAAGCAAAGGCGCUGAAGCGCUGAUUUGAUGCGUUUUUGCCAGCGCCGCACACACUUCACUCAACUCCUUUGAGUAUCAACGCUUUUAGCGGACUGACAGACAGACAGACAGACAGAACUCCUAAGCCAGGUGCACUAAGACUUGACUGCACUAAGUACAGUGAAAAGCGCAUUUUGUUUGCCUUUAACUUCAAGCAGAGUCAGCGGCAAGUUGUAAAAUAAAGCAAAGCGUAAAAAAAUUGCAAUUCAAAUAAAACCCGUGAGCAUCACAC